AUGACCUACUUUUCAGUACUAGUAGCCCUACCGUUACCAAUAAUCCCCAAAGAACCCGAAGAUGCCAUUAAACAAGACUUGCAGCAAGUUUCCACAGUUUCUAAACCUAAAAAAAGCAAGAAGAGCCUGAACAAGAGGGUGGUGAAGGAGGUUACAGCGGCGGAUAUUGGAGUUUGCGACGCAUGGGCGUGGCGAAAAUACGGACAGAAACCUAUCAAGGGUUCACCAUAUCCACGGAGCUAUUACAGGUGCAGCAGCUCCAAAGGAUGCCUGGCGAGGAAACAAGUUGAAAGGAACCAUCUGGAUCCAACGAUUUUCUUGGUUACAUACACCGCUGAACACAACCAUCCCUACCCUACUCGCCGCAACUCUCUCGCAGGGAUUUCACGCAAGAACAACUCCUUAACAACAACAACAACUACUACUACUACUACAACUUGUUCUUCUUCUUCGAAUUCCUCGUCCAUGGAAGAACAUAAGGGAUUCAAGAAGCAGCAUGGACUUCUUUGUGAAGCUGCUGAGUUUGGUGAUGUUUGGUUUCCAGACACAACAGACAUCGAUCAUGAAUUUAUGAGGCUUAAUAAUAAACUAGAACUUCAAUUUCAUGCUGGUGAUUUCAUUUCUGGUAAUUAUUAGUUCGUCAAUCUUCGUCAUUAAUGAAUGAAUCUAACGUACUUAAUUAGAACAAGUUUUUAUAAUAUAAUCCCUAGUUCCUCUUUUCCCACUCUGAUUUUGUAGAAUUACUUUUCUUCUUUUUUGUUUUGUAUGUUUUGAUGCUUAUAGUUAUUAAUCUUCUGUUCGUCAAUGUAAACAAAGAAACAAAAUUUCAAUGCCAGAUACCUCAGUUUCUUAGCUACCAA